AUGAUGCCUGGGGGCUUAUCUGAGGCCAAGCCUGCUACUCCCGAAGUCCAGCAUAUUGCUGAUGAGGUGAAGCCACAAUUUGAAAGCAAGGAAAACAGGACGUAUGGCACCUUUACAGCCAUAACAUAUAAGACUCAGGUGGUUAAUGGGAUAAACUACUUUAUUAAGGUCCAAGUUUGCAAUGAUGACUACGUCCACUUAAGGGUGUAUAAGGGCCUUCCUCAGGAGGACCAACAACCCAGCCUUGUCAGUUUUCAGACUGGCAAAACCAGAGAUGAUCCUCUGACCUACUUCUGA